GGGGCACAGGGUAUUUGUAAAGGCUAGAAUCACAGUGACACUGAUGCUCUGACUUUUGGAAAACCGAUACGUCUUGACGUUGUACCAAAUACGAUGACUGAGUCUACACCUGUUGUAUCAAUAUUAACUUCAAGUGGCACUGGGUCAAGCUGGAGAACAUGUCUGGCUGCAGGCUUCUUUCCAAAGCAGGGCAAGUUAUCUCUAAACUUAAAUAACCCCGAAGAAACUCAGAACUACAGUUUUACCAAUGCUGUGCUGUCCAAGACAGAUAAGACCUAUUACUAUGCUGCAUUUUCCCAAAAGGAAAUUAAAACAUGCAAAAUGAACGACACUGUUGAGAAAUAUGAAGGAAAACCAACAGCACCCCCCCAAACAUGUGACACAAACAGCAUUACCAUUGCCAGUCAGACCAAUCAGACCAUAUUAAAUAUUUCUGGUGAUCCUAAGGGGAACACCAUGCUAUUGGUUGUGACUGGUCUCAGACUCCUGUUGGCUAAAGCAGUUGGUUUAAAUAUAAUGGUGACAAUUAAAGCAAUUCUUUUCUAAAGUGAGACAAGUUCAGAACCUUCCCUUCAACCUCUUGCCUAAUCUAAGUAUGUGGAUAUACAACUAGGCAGCAAAACCUCCAGGGAAUUAACUUUUAUACUGUUUAUAUAAGUCUAGAUGGACAGAAAUGAAAGCUGUAGGCACUUAAUUUCAUAGGAGUUUAUAAGUGUUCUUUGACGUUUCCUAUUAAAAUUACUUUUUUUAAAUUAAAAAUGUUUUUGGAAAGCACA